AUGGACGACUCGAAGGGCUUAGCACUCGCUUUCGAAGAGGCCAAGAUCAGUUAUGACGAAGGUGGUGUCCCGAUCGGCGCCGCCCUCAUCGCUGCCGACGGCAAGGUCCUCGGGCGCGGGCGUAACAUGAGGGUCCAGAGCAGCAACCCCAUCCUACACGGCGAGACCUCCUGUCUCCAGAACGCAGGCCGCUUGCCCUCUUCGGCCUAUAAAGGAAGCACCAUGUACACGACGCUCUCCCCCUGCGACAUGUGCACCGGCGCAUGCAUCCUCUACGGCAUCGCCCGCGUCGUCAUCGGCGAGAACAAGACGUUCCUCGGCGGCGAGGCCUACCUUAGGCAGCGCGGCGUCGAGGUCGUGGUGCUCGACUCUGCCGAGUGCAGGGGGCUGAUGGAGAGGUUCAUUGCCGAGAAGCCCGAGGUCUGGAACGAGGACAUCGGCGUUGAGGAACGGGUUUAUUCGCGGGAGGGUGUCGAGGCUCCAUCCGUGUGA